AGCUGAGCAAGAACGCAACAAACGACCCCUCUCGGCGGCCGGGGGGUACUCUAGCGAGUUUUCAUUUUUUUUUUCGGGUGUGGGAAGGAAGAGUAUUUGGGUGUCCAAGAGGACAUCGCAAGAGCAAGAAAGCAUGGCUGCCAGUUACUCCCCGUACGGGUCCACGCCUGGCCAGGAGUAUCUCUACGAUGAGAAGAAGUUUCCCAGCCCGUCCCCGACGCCAUCGCCUCGAGGACCGAGCUAUUACUACGGCGCGACGCCGCAACGGCCUGCAACGCGGGCUCACUUUCGGAACGGGAGCACUACCGGCAUCAGCAACGGCUAUGCGAGCCCUCGUGCUCCCUCGUUCUCCCCGCGGUACACGAGCGACGGCCAGUACGCCACUGUGAAUGUGAGUGCCUCGCGUUCCACGCGCAAGCCAAGUUUUUCGGGUCCGCCGCGCCCCAUGCGCGAGCGCCGCACUUCGUUUUCCUACCAUCCGACCACGGUCUCUCAUGGGGAAUCCGACGAGGACGAGUUUAUCGAUCUCGGCGGCCGUACCUUCGUGCUGCCUGGAUGGUCCGGAUCGAGACGAUACAGGGACCACUUUACCGUCAAUGCUGGUGGGCAUGGAACUGAUUACGGGUACUAUGCACAGGGCGGUCCCUACUUCGACAGGGAGGCUGUGUUCGCGUCGCCGCGGUACGAACCGGAGCGCCGUCCCGCGCCACCUGCCGCUGGUCACUCUCGACGCAACUCGACCUCGGUGCCUCAACGGCCCCAGACCGCCCGGCCCUCCGCCAUGCACAGGAAGCCGCCACCGCCCCCUCCCGUCCGCCAGGCCACGGAGGCCGAUGCUAAGCGGCACAAGAUCCCAGCGGGAUACUCGCUCAAGAACUGGGACCCUACGGAAGAACCCAUUAUGCUGCUCGGCAGCGUCUUUGAUGCCAAUUCCCUGGGCAAAUGGAUCUACGACUGGACCGUCUACCACCACGGUGCUGGCUCGCCCAUUGCCGAAAUGGCCGGCGAGCUGUGGCUUUUGCUCAUCCAGCUGGCCGGGAAGAUCAAGCGCGCCGAGGAAAUCCUCCCUAAGAUCAGAUCCAAGGACAACCGCGAGAUGGUUGAUGAGUUCAUUGAGGCUGGUUACCGGAUCACCGACAAGCUCCGGAAGCUCCUCAAGGCAUGCGAAGCUCCCAUGCUCCGCUCCAGCAAGCAGCGGAAGGAAGGGCAGCUUGGCAAGAGCGCCGGAGUCGAGUUCGUCGAGACUCUCUUUGGCCGUGAUCGGGAGUACGAGAAGACGGACCGCUUCAUGGCGUCAGUCCGCCUCUGGAACCUCCGGUUCGACACGAACUGUGAGGAGAUCCUCAAGAAUCCCACGGUGUAACACCACCAUCUCUCCAGCCACACGCCAAAACACCACACCACACACCACAAAAUACUACAAACACAACACAAGAUACCCACAGAGCCAGGCUGUACGAUUAAGUCUCUCGGAGUC